AUGACGACUCGCUGUUACUCCUCCUCUCGCCGCGAUAUUGUGUGCUUUUUUGUGAUACUCCUCAUAUUUAUCGUGAUAGCGGUGACGGUCACGGUGCACCUGCUCGGAUCCACGUCCGAUGGGGCCGGGCGGGACGAUGCGUCGAACGCACGCAGCGGUCCGGCGUCUCCGAGCUGGUUGUCGCAGGACUUUACGACAUUCCCGCCGCGAGUGUCCUUCCUGCCGACCACGGGCGUGACCAUCGGUCACCCCGGCGUUAGUGUGCUGGUGGAGUCCGAACCGGUGCCACCCUAUGAAACACCACCGAACGAUACGUCACCGGGCGGAAGCGUGGAUCGGUCUUCCGCGUUUAUCCGCGAAUCUACGUUAAGGUUGCCGGAAACUAACGCUACCAGCGGGAGCAGUGGAAUAGUAUCAUCAGUAUCUGAUGGCCACAUUAGUACCAAUAGUAUUAUUAGCAGUAAUUUAGGGAAUGACGAUGUGUCGCGACCGCACGAAUCUAAUAAUGGCUCGAUUGAGUAUGUUUUUAUUUCAAAAGUGCAAGUGCAACCCUUGCACCAAGACGAUCUGCUCUAUGAAUCUCAAGCAGAUGUUUUGGAUGGACAGCGUGGUUCGCAAAUUCACCGGACGGGUGCCUUCCGGAGUCGAUCAUCAAAAAUCUGGGAUCCACACCCGCAGUACGAACUAACCGCGUUCGGUAACAAUCUUCGCCUGCAGCUCUAUCAUGACGAUAAAUUUAUUUCAAAGGAUAUAAAGGUGACCCACUUUUGGCCCAACGAAUCGCUUCGAAAAGCUGAGGAUCACGUCGAAAGCAGCCUGCUGCAGGGUUGCUUCUACAAAGGUGUCGUCCAGGGGGAUGAAUCCUCCACCGUGCGGGUCUCGCUGUGCGAAGGAAUGCACGGACACAUCGUCACCUCCAACGGUUCGUUUCUCAUCGAGCCGGUCCAGAACGCGUCGAGCGGCGAACCAAACGUAUUGCACCGCAUUCAGCGGUUGUCGGCGGAGAAGAGCGGCUACGGACCCGAUGGCCGCAUUGCGAUCGACGGACUCGGAACUUUGGCCGAGGAUUGUGCCGUUCGGACGGACCACGAAACAGCCGAGGAGCUCCGAGGCCCCGAGCCUGCCGUUUUUGUUUGAAGAUGUCCGAUUUCCCUACACAAACGGAGCAUAUCACAGUUUGCCAACAACGAGCACACGAUCGAGGUGUUGGUGGCGGUGGACAACAAAAUGGAGCGAUACCACGGCCCCUCGCUCAAGUCAUACGUCCUAACGCUGAUGGGCAUUGUUUCCAGUGUGUAUGCCGACGCCACCAUAGGGAACUCGAUGAAGAUAGCGGUGGUGCAUAUCAUGUACAUCCAUCACGACCUUGACGCGCAGAAAAAGUCCGCCGAGAAAGGCGUAGAAGGCGUGUCCGCUUCCGACAUGCUGCAGGACUUUUGCCGCUUCAAGCAGACGGCCAGCAACUUCCACCACGACGCCGCACUCAUACUGACCCGCGACAAGAUCUGCCGCAACCCGGCCGAGAACAACUGCGACACGCUCGGGCUGGCCGAGCUGGGCACAAUCUGUGGACCGACGGCGUGCGCCAUCGUACAUGAUAAUGGGCUGUCGGCUUCCUUUACCAUCGCACACGAGCUUGGCCACGUAUUAGGAAUGCCACACGAUGACGACAACCGAUGCACGCGACAUCGUGGCAAUUCGCCUGGAAACGAUCGGAUUAUGGCACGUACGAUGGAUGGCAACACGCAUCCCUGGCAGUGGUCAAACUGUUCGCGCCACAUACUGACCGAAUACCUCGAAAACAAUCCCGACAACUGCCUGCGGAAUCAUCCGACCGAGAAUCUGAUCGAUCCGAACGAGAUGGACUCGAUGCUGGCCGGCGAAAAGUUCACCAACAACGAACAGUGCGAGCUGGUGUUCGGCAAUAAGUCGAAGAUUUGCUCCUACAUGCCGGUGUGCAAGCUGCUCUGGUGCAGCUUUGAGGACGAGGUAUCCGGCUGCAAGACGCAACACAUGCCCUGGGCGGACGGUACGCAGUGCGACGAGGGCCACUGGUGCCAGAAGGGACAGUGCGUCCCGAUCGACCGAACGGUCCUGCAGCCCCAGAACGGUGGCUGGGGCGCAUGGGGUUUGUACGGUCCCUGCUCGCGAACCUGCGGCGGCGGUGUCCAGAAUCGUACGCGCGAAUGUGACUCACCGAGGCCGCGUAACGGUGGCAAGUUUUGUGUCGGACAGCGCUUCGACUAUCGGCCCUGCAACACCCAGCCGUGUCCGGACUCUAGGUACAACUUCCGCGAGGAACAGUGCCAUCGGCACGACGGGCAGAACUUUGACGUACCGGAGCUCGACCCGAACGUCCGCUGGAUCCCGAAGUACGGUGCAGUGGCCGAGGAACAGUGCAAGCUGUACUGCCGGGUGCAGGACAAGAACUUGUACUUCAUGCUGAGCGAAAAGGUGAUCGACGGCACACCGUGCACGUUUCCCGAGGACAGCUUCGACAUGUGCAUCAACGGACAGUGCCGGAAGGCGGGUUGCGACUACGUGCUGGACUCGGACGCCAAGCUCGACCAGUGCGGUGUCUGCAACGGGGACAAUACAACCUGCCGCCAGGUAAGCGGGUUGCUUCUGCUGGGCAAAGCAAAGCACUACAAGCCGCCAUACGACAAGGACGAUGAUGCGGGCCGGAAGAAAGAGUUCCACAUUCCCGAGGGGGCAACCAACCUUAACAUAAUACACGAUGGCUACAUGAAGGACGCGAUCUAUUUGAGUCUGACGAGUGGCGGUGAGGUCAUUUUCAACGAUCCCAAAUAUCACACACCGCACACUAGCAAGCAUCGGUUGUUUGCCGGCGUUCGGCUGGAGUACUCGACGAUAGGUAACCAGGAGCGCAUAACGUCCACCUUUGGACGGCCCCUGCGGGAAAAGCUCACCGUGAAGGUGAACUACAAAUCGGACCACUACCGAAGUACCAGCGGGCAGGUCAACUACAACUACCUGAUACCGAUACACCCGUCGGCGAACGCGCUUCCCAGCGGCGGUGGUCAUUCUUCGCCGCAUCAUCACACCCAACAUCACCAUCACCAUUAUGGGCACAACUCGAUCCAUCAACCGCCGCAGGGACAAUACAGUCCAGCCGAACGGAUAAAACGGCCGCUCGAACCGUCCUACCAGUGGAAGAUGUCCUCCUGGAUGCCGUGCGAUCAGCAGUGUUCUGGCAAGAAACGACGUACCGCAGUCUGCUAUAACACCGCCACCGGAAAAGAGGUCGCGCCAGGGAACUGCAAUGAAACGGUGAAGCCGCAGGACCUCUACGAACCGUGCAACACGGAGUGUAAAUACUACUGGGAAGCCAAUCAAACGGAAUGCUCGAACCCGUGCGGCGAAGGGAUCAAGCAAUUCAACUACCGGUGUAUGCAGGCGUAUACGGGCAGCCAACGGCCCGAAACUGUGAACGCGGAGCUAUGUUCGGGCAUGCCGAAGCCACUGAACAGUCGGGAACCGUGCCAAGGACCGUGCAAGGGUGCGGUCUGGUCGUACUCACAAUGGACGAGGUGCUCCUGUGACCACUCGAACCAGAGCCGAUCGGCUAAGUGUCUAUCCGAACCGAACGGGGUUCAGAUUGACGACAGUUACUGCGAGGCCAAGGAGCCCAAGGAAGACGUUCAGUCUUGCGUUCCCGUCGAUUGCCCGAAGUGGGAGAAAGGAGAAUUCACACCGUGUUCGGUAACCUGUGGCGAAGGCCAACAGACGUACGUGCUACAAUGUAAGCUUAGGGACGUGGUCGUCAAUGCAGCACUCUGUGGCACUCGGCCGGUGGCGAUGAUCACCAACUGUACCAGGCCUCCGUGCGAGCAAAAGCCAAUGCCUAACACCCAAUCCUCAUCCUCUCUGAACGACUUGAAGUUUAACCAGGGCAGCGUCGACUACGGCCAUCAGGCACCACAAUCCGGCGCGUGGCACGCGGACUCCAACCCGGGACCGGGCUAUCGCUGGCAUACCGGCCCGUGGAGUAACUGCAGUGCCGAGUGCAACGGUGGCUUCAGGAAGCGCAUCGUACGCUGCCAGUCCGAUACCGGCCAGACGCUAGACGAUCGCUACUGCGCGCACAAGACCCCGAAGCCGAACGGCCAGCACGCCUGUGCCAACGUACGCUGUCCGUCCUGGACCUUUGGCCAGUGGAGUCAGUGCAAUGACGAAUGCAUACACUCCCGUCAGGUCCUCUGUCAGGAUCAUCGCGGCAAAGAAAGUGACCAAUGCUCGCCGAAAAUGAAACCGCCCGCCGUGGAGUCGUGUUGUAAAUUUAAAUGGAGAUACGACUGUACCGGACCGUGCGACGCAAGCGGACGUCACACGCCGCGGCUGAUCUGCAAGCGGCUGUAUCCGAAGUCGCGUGACAAUCCGCGCCCGCUGAAAACUGGCCGCAAGGUCGACGACAAGUACUGCGCAAAGCUUAAGAAACCAUCGCCCGCCAAGGAGAAGAAGAAGCGGGAACACUGUUUCAAGACGCAACAUUUCCGCUGGGACGUUUCGCCCUGGUCCAAGUGUUCGGUGGGCUGCGGCACCGGAAGGACAGUGCGGAACGUGACCUGCACGGACGGCUGUAAGAUCUCGCCGAAAGCCUGCAACGCGACGCUGAAGCCACCGAAUACGAAAGUCUGCGAAGCGUACACGCACUGCCGCUGGAGAACGGUCAAGUUGAACAGAUGCAACUGCAAGGGUAAACAGAAUCGCACGGUCAAGUGCUUCGAUGAGCUGCUGAAGGUGGAAUCGAACCGCUGCCCGGAGCAUCUGCGGCCGAAGAAGUUCAGCAGGUGCGAUCCACCACCGCACUGCAGAAACGCGCACAGCAGCAGGCAGCAGACCAUCUACCGGAACUGUCGACAGGCGCAGCACAGGCACCGCACGGACGGGGAGUACACGAUGCACGUGAACGGAACGGGCGUGAAGAUCUACUGCCACGGUAUGGCCACGAUAGCACCGGCCGAGUAUUUAACGCUACCCCAAGGACCGAGGGAAAACUAUGCCAUCUACAUGAACCGCCGGGCGGCCGAUGCAAACAAGUGUUCGAGCGUACGGAACGACUGGGAGGACGAAUCGAUUAGCUACGGAGCAACGCACUACCGAAAGGUACGGAUCAACCUGCGCACUAUGCAGGUGAUCACGAACGACUUCCUGUUCACGAACAGCUCGGGAAAGAAGCAACCGUUCGGGUCGGCCGGCGACUGCUACAGCAAUACCGGCCUCUGCCCGCAGGGUGACUUUGCGAUCAAUCUGAUGGGGACACCGUUCCGGAUAAGGCCGCACACGGCCUGGAAGACGUCCGGCGUUAACGCAGUCGUUAAGUUUCUCGUUCGGCUCGAGCCACCGUACAAAAAGGUACGAGCACGCUGCGGUGGCUACUGCGGACACUGCUUCGUAUCGCCAGACACCCAUCUCUACCUGGAGCUGGACAAACCAUUUCGAUCACACGGCCUAGCGCACGGUUGA